GACAAGUCCCCAACGGCUUGCCCAUCAACCCUUCAGAGUCCGGACAGUGCACAGCGCCUCCGGUUCUUGGACUUUGCCUCGAGCAGUGCUGCCCCCAGAGUACAGAUCCGUGGCCUGUGUGCACAGCCUCGGAAGCCUCAACGGAUCGGGUAGCAGACAUGGCCGCCGCCGCCGUCGCUGCCGGAGCGGCGCCGGCGAGCUAUGAGAUCCGGCCCUCGCCGUACAUGCCCAACCUGCGGCCGACGGUAGACAUCAAGCUCGAGAGCGACUGGCACAAUGCCCAGUGGACUUCUGUGGGCACUAUUGCCGCGCAGAGGUACAGGGCGACCAAGGAUCCGUAUUACCUGGCCAUCGAAAUAGUCGCCCGCUCGUGGAAUGCAGACCGCCUCGAGGAGAACGCCGGGCGUGAUGCUGUGGAGAAGAUGGUCAAGGACAACGUCGUGGUCAAGGACGCAGACACACUUGACCUGUAUGAGUAUGCCUGUGCACUGGUCCCCAUGAGCUAUCCUGAUACUCUUGGAGAGCUGCGGAUGAGACUGGUCAAAGCUGCGCCAAAGGACGUCGUGGCCUGCCAACGCUGUCUUGAUGCUACGCUGUCCAACUUUGACUGGGUGCACGCUCAGCAGAUAGCCGCCUCCAUGGACCGCAGUUUUCCCAACGAGCGCAAGAUGCUGUUCCGGAAUAUCCUGAGUACACAUCUCUUGACGAUGACGCCAGCGUGCCCCCCCGAGAAGAAGGUCUUAUUCCAGACCUUGACAAGGCGAAUGAUUGACAAAGCCUUCUGUCAGCAUUUCGAGGCGAGCUUCGAUUCCAAGAAGCCCGGCCGCGCAAUAUCGACAGAAGCGGAGUUUGACCUCUGGUGCGAGAUUUUGCUUAGCUGUCCAAAGGCCGAAGUCUUAAAAACCCUCUUCCAGCAAGUGGUUGAGAACGGAGAGAAAAGGCGACCACUAGCACAUCCCAUCAGCUUGCUCAAGACUGGCAAUGCGCCCGUCGUACGGAGGAUACUCAAGUACCUGGCCGACAUCGAAGCCUGGUCAGAAGUGUACGACGUGUGCCGAGAAAUCGUGGCCUCUGCAACAUCACUCAACCAAGUUGACGGACGGUCGAUCGCCGAAAGGAAGUCAGAACCAGAGGCCGUUCACGAGGUACAUGCCGCACGGACUGCUGCCGAGCUUGCAGUUCUGGCUGUCGGCACGGAGUGGUCUACUUGGAGUCUGCUUCUUCGAGCCAGCAGAUACCAGCCAGACCCAGAGGCUGCUCUGAAGGAGUCUCUUGAUGCGAUUGAGUCGGCACAUGACGCCUUAGGAGUCUCCAAGCGCCUGACGAGAUCACAUUCUGCAUACUGCGACCUGGCCGUGUUACAUUACAACUUCGCAGUUGAGCCGCAAGAACAACAGCAAGGCUCAGAGAACACGCGGCUCCUCGCUCUCGCGACUUACGUCAUCAACAACUACCGCAGUCCGUCGGUUUAUGAUGAGACACAGGCGUUUAUCGAAAUGUUGAGCCCAGCGGAAGCCAAGCAGUUCCGUACCAUCUUGGCCACCAAUCUUGAACAGGACGACGUCUUUAAGCGAUUUGUGACAACCGCUCUCCGCUUAAGGGUCCAGUUCACUAUUGCCACGCACGUCGCCGCCAUCUGCUCCGCGUGUGGCACCGAGCUGUCCUGCCAAGAGUAUUGUGCGAAAUGCCUGAGGCAAAUCGCCAUCACGGCUUUGCAGCAGUACAAGGUGGCAAUGUCAAACUCGGAACUACGUGACAAUGUCCUCCCAAAGACACCUGUCGACCCCAUCUCCGACUUUGCCGUCAUCGGCGCGUGUGCGUUGCUCAAGCUGGGUGACGCCGGAGACGGGACGAGACCUGGAGCACCAGGCAUCUCGGCGCUCGCUGACGCGGAUGUUCAACUCGUCCUACAAGCCAUCGUCCUGCUCGAGGCCUACUUUGCAGCCCUGCCCAAGAACGACGCGCUCCGCAUGAUGUUGGUAAAGCUGUACCUGUUGAUCGGCUGUGUCUCGCGGGCCAAGACGCUCUGGGACAGCUUCGGCGUGAAGAACGCCAUCCUCGACUCGCUCGCGCCGCUCUUCUACGACCGCCUGUCGACGUUUGCUCCGCACUUCUUCGCCUCGACGAGCGCGAGCGGCGGCGGCAACCCAACGAGCAUGAGCCCGCUGGUGUCGUACUUCGACACCGCGCUGCGGCGAACAUAUCCUAGAGGACUAAAGGACGCGCUGGACUAUGACAGCUACUCGAGCAUUGCCGGACUGUACGGGUUUUACGAGAAGCUCAAGACGAGCUGCAGCAUGGUCAUGGUUCGGACGGAAGCGAGACGGGGCCGGCGGUUCAACCAGCUCCGGAACCCACACUGCAUUGAUGACGACCCGUUGAUCCGAAAUCUGAGCACUCGCCAUAAACUAUCUGAAGUUACCGACUUCAGCUGCUUACCGAACCUCGGGCGACGUGGCUCACCAACAAUCACAGAAAUGCUCAACCUCGGCCCACCCCAGUCGGAAACAAGAACGCUCCUCGGCCUGAUAGGCGAACGCUUCAUCGACAUCAUCAGCUACGCGCAGCCGAAGGAAUACAAGCCCGCCAAGCCCAGCCAAGUUCUGGCCGCGGACCUGCUUUACGCGCUCGAGAAGACCGAGGACCUGCUGCAGCAGCUCUACGCCGUGGUCAACCGAGGCAGCGGCGGCAGCAGCGGCAGCAGCAGCAGCAAUAAGCCUGUCCGUAGGGUACUCACCGCCGCCGAGCACAGUUACUAUGGCGUCCUCGAGGAAACGAUGACACUAUACGCAGCACUCAUCCGGGUCUGCUCGCCCGACCACCAACAGCAACAGCCGCUUCCAGAGAUCAAGACGAGCGUCGAGCAGACAAUAAACUCCAUCUCCGACCUCCUGCAGGACCAGGCAUCCGAUGCACUCUCCGCCCUCGAGAACAACAACCCUGGACAACCAUCAACAACAACAGCCUCCACGCUCGCAGGCAUCAUCGACCUCCACGCGCUCGGCAUGCUGCGCGAGUCCACGACGCUGAUCAAGCUCGCCGCCGCGUCGGUCUCGGCAGCCCUCGACAAGAUCAGGGUCGUCGACAAGGCCCGCGCCGCGGCCAAGGACCUCGCGUGGAUCGAGAAGCCCCUGAAGGACCUGAAGGCCACGUGCGGCGCGGUCGAGGACAAGUGCAAGGCCCGCGUGAAGAGCCUGGCUGCCGAGGUCGGGUCGGUGCCAUGGCAGAGCAAAGUGCGGGAGCUUGUCCUGGCCGCCGAUGUCGCUGCUGUAGCCUUGGGAGCAGACAGAGGUGACGGGGACGAGGUUGAGGAAGAGGAAAAGCAGUUCAGACAGGAGCUCACGGCGCUCGUGCGUGAUUGUGCGAGCGGAGAUGCUCGGCUGCGUGAGUGGGCAGCCACCGUCACGCAGUCAUGGAAGGAGCUCCUGGGUGGUUGGGCGACUGUGCAGUAUCUGCCUUGAGCUGCUCGCAUACUCCGGCUGCGAAUAGUGUCGACCUUCUGCACGAGGAAACAGCUAUUCGAUUUAGACAAGGCUCUCCAGAGAUGUGCGAAGGAAGGGCUCAAAAGUUAUAU